AUGGCCGACGAGAAGACUCAGGCGCACAGCGAACAUGUGGAGAGGCAGCGGGCCGUGGGGAGCAACCGACAGAUCACCUGGACGGAGGCCUGGCAGAGCAGGCGGGUUCUGUUGUGGUGCCUCUUCAUCUUCCUCCUGCCCAUCAAUUUCGGCUACGAAGUCAGCACCGUCGGCAACCUCCUCGCUGUAAACUCCUUCUUGAACCAAUUUGGCGUCGAGGUCAACGGAACGCGCGAGAUUCGAGCUACCGACCAGCAGAUUCUCAAUGCUGCUUCCACGAUUGGUCUCUUCUGCUCGGCCUUUGCAACCGGCUUCAUUUCCGAUUUCAUGGGCCGCAAAAAAACCAUCAUCAUCGGUUGCGUUCUCUGCGUCGGUGGCAUCAUCUUGCAAUACUUCAGCACCUCGAUCCACGAGUUGUUUGGUGGGAAGCUGCUGAGUACAUUUGGAUUCGGCUUGGGUCACUCCCUGGGGCCAGUCUUUGUCGCUGAGCUGGCGCCGCCCAAGGUUCGCGGUAUCUGCUUGUCGCUGGUCAACACGAUGAUUGUCCUAGGCCAAUGGGUUAACUCUGCGGCCAUCCUCGCCUGCUCAGAUCGACUAGAUGAUUCGGCAUGGCGCAUCCCAAUCAUCACGCAAAUGAUUCCCCCUGGCCUCCUGCUCGCCGGGCUUCCUUUCCUAGCCGAGUCCCCCUCGUGGCUCAUCAUGAAGGGCCGCCCAGAAGAGGCUGCCAAGUCAUUCAGAUAUUUCAAUGGCCCUGAAUUCAAUGUCGACGAGGCCAUGGCAGUAACUACGGCUGCUGUCGCACAGGAGAUGGAACUGGCGCGCACCGGCUCUGCCUGGCUGGACUGCUUCAGGGGCCCUGACGGACGUCGCACUCUGAUCAUUUGCAUGGUAUAUAUCGCGCAACAGUUUGUCGGUGUCAAUUUUGUGUCCGGAUAUCUCACGUACUACUUCAAACUUGCUGGGGUUACCGAUGCCAUCGCCUUGGCCCAGGUUGCAUUCGCCAUUCAGCUCUUUGGAAAUAUCUGCUCAUGGCCUCUCGUCGAUCGUCUCGGUCGUCGACCGAUGAUUGUUGGUGGAAUGAUAAUCAUGACGGGCGGUCUCUUGGUUAUUGGAGGUAUCAGUACCAUUGGCUCCAGCCCGGCACUGAAAGCAACCGUGGCUUUCAUGUGCUUGUGGGGAUUCCUGUACCAAGCUACCCUCGGUGCCGUCGCGUAUGCUGUCGGUGGGGAAACAUCUAGCCCGUUGCUCCGACAAAAGACAUACUCGAUCAACAUCAUGUCAGCGACAGCUGUAUCGUGUGCCGUAUUGCAAAUCCUCCCUUAUUUGCUCAACACGGACGAGGCAAAUAUGGGCGGCAAAGUGUGCUUUAUCUUUUUCGGCCUUUCACUGCCCAUGUGCGUGUAUCUAUACUUCUGUUUUCCGGAGCUCAAGGGACGCACGGUGGCCGAGAUCCAGGAGAUGUUCCAAGCCAGUCUUCCGGCGCGUAAGUUCAAAAACCAUAUCUGCCAGAAUGACGUCGUGGCUGUGGCUGGAAAGGGCAUCGUUCGUGCUGCAUACGGCGAAAAUGAACAGCCUGCUAGGUAG